AAAGCAGCUUCGAUGCGGUGCCUUUGAGGAUGCAGUACUGCAGUUUGCGGAUGAGGGAUUAGUUUUUUCAAGCGAAAGCUUCGUCGUGGGACAAAAAAAAAAGGCCACGUUGAUGAAGGAGAAAGCUGCCUCCAACUCUGAAUUUCGGUAGUCAUGGGCCCCAGUUAACGGUGUAGGAAAGUGCAACCUACGUAAGGCUUUCACCUGCAAAGCCUAGCGUGACGGCGACUCUGGGAAUGUUAUAUGGACCUUCGCCCACGAUCAAUUUACCAUCGUCUUCUCCUACUCGAGCGGAGUUAUAUUGCAGGACAGUUGACAUCCUGUACACCUUCUGAAGGCUUGCAGUUCGUAGUGGAAAGGCCGGAGGAGUUCUGCAAUCAAUAAGGGGAGAAAGUCUAUGCAGGCAGAGUGCACGGUCUGACAGGCAUCUCCAUGAGAUCUCGACAAACGUAAACGGUCUGACAGUCUACUUGUCAUGGCGUCUUGGUACUAGAAAGGUUGAGAGUUGUUGAAACUGGAGAUUUUUGGAGUUAUUGAAAAGAGAAGGGUGCAAUCGAUGAAUCGUACUCUUGUAGAGAAGAUGGCGGUGUUGCCGUAUAGCAGCGUGCCGCGGACGACGAUGCAGAGUCAGGGCAUGAUCGAGAAGUUCCGUCAUUACCUACUGGAGGACGAUGAUAACUGCCUUGCUGAAGAGCAUUUUUUGCAGCCGGCGAAUAUGGUAGGAUUGAGUGGAGACAUGAGCACGGAGGCAUUCUUCAAGAGCUUGGUCUCUCCGAUGCCGUCUCCCAGGGGUAGGCUCGGCUGCGAGGAGACUAAACCCAUUUCGGCACGUGAUGGGUCGGAGAUCAGUGAGACUAUCGACGCGCAGGAGCUCAGCGAUGGCCAGUCGCAGAGCGUCUUCCGAGAUCAUGAGGGCAAUGUUGACGGAUGGUGUGAUGCUACGCCGUACUCGAAAGUAGACCCCUGCUCAACAGAAAUCGAGCCGUCGUCUCAGGGAACUGAGCCGAGUUCGAUGGCAGGGGGUCGAUCGAGUCCCGCACAGCAAGCGAGUAGCGUCGAUCAGAAGUCGAAGAGUAACGACUCGGUGCCCGUGCAUAAUUCGGAGUCUUCGCCAACUGUGGCCAGAGCACCCAUCCAGAAGCCGCCCAGAUCUCUCAACUACCGAGGCGUCCGGAGACGUCCGUGGGGCAAAUUUGCUGCUGAGAUCCGUGACUCCGCACAAAAUGGCGCCCGUAUCUGGCUCGGCACAUACGACACCGCAUACGAUGCAGCAUGUGCAUACGACCAGGCCGCUUUCGAGAUGCGCGGAUGCAAGGCUCUCUUAAAUUUCCCCCUGAAGGCGAACAUAUACGCAGCCAAUUUGUCCGCCAAAAACUCAAAGGACCACCAUGCCUACGACUCCACGCACCCCGGAUCGCCAGUACGGAUGACGCCGAAGCACAUCCAAGUCCCGGUCUCCAUGUCCGCCGAAAGACUACUCUCCCACCACCAAGGAGAAAGCUUCCCCACAAGCAGCAGCAGCAGUAGCUAUGGGAGCCCAAAUUUCUCUGGCAGCCGGGUGUCGCCGGGUUCAUUGCCCAUGCAAUCCUCGCCAUCGGGUGGAUUAUCUCCUGAGCUUCAGUUUCGGGCAGCCUUGUGGCUGCAGCGCGCCGCGGCAAGCAUUCAAGAAUCCUCCUCGCUGUCACCCUACGUGCAAAUGGCUCAGCUUCUCGGCGCCAGGCAACGCAUUGCAGCAGUCCCAUCUUACUACGACGAAUUCGUUGCCUCCCAGCAAAUUCCCGAUGCGCGAGGCUACCCAUUCUCUCCCCAGGCUGCCAUGGAUUUCCAUGAUGCCUUUGCCCAGCUCCAGAGUGCGACGUCACCCCUGAUGGACCUGCCGGCUGCUACCUCCUUCCGAAGCGGGCUCAAGAGAUCACGCUCUCGGGAGAUGUGGGAAGAGUCUGUGAAACGAACCUGCCACGUUGACCGGUGGCAGCACCAAGUGCCCGUCAGAUUUUACUAAUCCUUGCAUCACAUCCAUUCAUUUAAUGCUAAUUUGAUUCCCCUGGUCUCCAAUUUUUCUGUUUCGGAGAUGGAAAUUUGUCACUUCUGCGGGGAGGCCAUAGAAUUACACAUCCUACAGAAUGUGAGCGUCUGGACAGGAGACUUUAUUGAGUCACUGGAUUCAAGGUCGAAUCAUCUCGUCUGAUAACCUCACCUCAUGAUUCUGCUCCAGAGGCUUAGAGACGACGAUAUUCUAUGGAGGCUUUGGGCAAUUGGUGCGAAAUGACUCGGGAUUUUGGUGUAACCAUCGAGCGUCUGAUCCGGAAGUUCAAUUAGCAGCAAAUCUGUCCUAGUUGGUCAAUUGCUCAGGCUGCAAAUGAACUCAGCGGAGUUCGGAGAGGAAGAGAAUUUCCGGUGAUGAAACGGCGACUGAAGGAUUACAAAAAAAAAAAAAAAAAAAAAAAAAAAAAAUGUGUGAUUGAACAUGAAAAGUACCAUACUUUUUGAGCUGAGAUUAAGGUAAUGGAUGAGGAGUCCAAGGAAACCAAAAGGUUUGGCAUGGACGAGAUUGUGUAGUACUCUGUGGUGUUUUAUUGGCGCAGCCAAUUGUAAAGAUCUACACCAUUUUAAGCUGUAAAAUCGCACAUGGGCUCAUUCGACAAGUUCUGUGUACCACCUCUCAGAAACUUUCCUCAAAAGAUAUCCAUUGUGUGUCGAUUGGCAGGAACCCUUUGAUGGACUACUUCGUGUUCUCCCAUCUGGUACCAUAUUUUGGACAGCAGAUAGAGGUCCCUGAGUCAAAUUUCUAAUGUACAACUGCUUCAGUAAUAAGAGGAAAUUGUAAAUGGA